AUGUAUCCUGGCAUUAAGGUGGCAAUCUCUGAGGCAGUUCUCGAGUGGGCACUGAUGUAUGCUAUGCAGGGAGGUCCAGCUAUUCAGUCAACAGGUUUUAACUGCUUGGCACUGACUCUGGGGCAGAAAAGGGAGGCAGAUGGGGGAUGUGGCCUGUCCAGUGCUUUCGUCAUGGUUCCAGAACUGGCAGACUGGCACGUAUCUCCGAGCAGAGCCAGUGUAAGUGUGCUGACCACACUGGAGCGCCGUUUCAAUCUUCAGAGCGCUGAUGUGGGCGUCAUUGCCAGCAGCUUUGAGAUUGGCAACCUGGCCUUCAUUUUAUUCGUAAGUUAUUUCGGUGCCAAAGCCCACCGUCCUCGAUUAAUUGGCUGCGGGGGCAUCAUCAUGGCCCUGGGAGCGCUGCUGUCUGCAUUACCGGAGUUCCUCGCCAGUCAAUACAAGAUCAUAGACUCCUGGAGCAAAGAUCUGGGGCGAGAUGUGUGUUCUAAUACCUCCAAAGUAGACGAACUGUGUGGGAAUAGAGCCAACACCAACAUGAUGUACCUGCUUCUGAUCGGCGCACAGGUCCUGCUGGGAAUCGGGGCCACACCCGUGCAGCCUUUGGGUGUGUCCUACAUAGACGAUCACGUACGAAAGAAAGACUCGUCUCUCUAUAUAGGUAUACUUUUUUCCACACUGGUAUUUGGACCUGCUUGUGGUUUUAUCCUGGGUUCUGUCUGUACCAACUUUUAUGUGGAUGCUUUGUUCAUCGAUACAACUAAACUAGCUAUCACUCCUGAUGACCCCCGCUGGAUCGGUGCAUGGUGGGCCGGCUUCCUCCUCUGCGGUGCCUUACUCUUCUUCUCCUCCCUCUUCAUGUUCGGUUUCCCCCAAUCACUGCCAGGCAAGGAGGUGGAAGGAGGAGCUGAGAGUGAACAGGCCAUGCUGCCCUCCUCUUUACCCCAGGAUUAUGAGAAAUCCAAACCCAGCAAUGGAGUCCUGAAGAACGACCACCCCAACAACAGCAGCCUGUCCUGCUGCCAACAGCUCAGAGUUAUUCCCAAGGUGACUAAGCACCUGCUAUCAAACCCAGUGUUCACGUGCAUUGUGUUAGCUGCCUGUAUGGAGAUUGCGGUCGUCGCUGGGUUUGCUGCCUUCCUUGGCAAAUAUCUGGAGCAGCAGUUUAACCUCACCACGUCUUCUGCUAAUCAACUGUUAGGUAUGACAGCGAUCCCAUGCGCCUGUCUGGGCAUAUUUCUGGGAGGAUUGCUGGUGAAGAAGCUGAACCUGAGUGCUCUAGGAGCUAUAUGUAUGGCCAUGCUGGUCAAUCUCAUCUCCACCGCCUGUUACGUGUCCUUUCUCUACCUGGGCUGUGACACAGGACCUGUCGCUGGGGUGACCGUCGCCUAUGGCAACGAGACACUGCAAGUAGGCCAGAGGCCGGAAGCCCCCUGCAUGAGUCAUUGUAACUGCUACACUUCAUCUGUUAGCCCCGUGUGCGGCUCCAACGGUGUGACCUACUUGUCGUCCUGUUUGGCCGGCUGCACCAGAGCCAUCCGCACUGGACCACAAUCUUCUCUCUCGCAGAACCUGACGGGUUGUGCGUGCAUCUCUGGAUACAGUGAGUUCGCCACGGCUGUGCCUGGAAAAUGUCCACGGCCCGGCUGCCAGGAGGCCUUUCUCACCUUCCUGUGUGUGAUCUGUGCCUGCAGUAUGAUUGGAGCCAUGGCCCAGACCCCCUCUGUAAUCAUCCUCAUCAGAACCGUGAGCCCUGAGCUGAAGUCUUACGCCCUUGGAGUUCUUUUUCUGUUGCUCCGGUUGUUAGGAUUCAUUCCCCCACCUUUGAUAUUUGGCACGGGGAUCGACUCCACAUGCCUUUUCUGGAGCACAGAGUGUGGGGAAAAAGGUGCCUGUCUGCUGUACGACAACGUGACCUACCGACACCUGUACGUCAGCAUGGCCAUAGUUCUCAAGGUGGUGGCGUUUCUCCUCUACGCGACCACCUGGCAAUGCUUGCGCAGAAACUACAAGAAAUAUAUUAAAAACUUUGAGGCAUACGUCACGCCCUCUGAAAUGUUCUCGUCCAGCGUGAAUCUGGACAGUUUGGGAAAAGACAGUCAAACCCAAGCCAUCAGGACUAAGUUUAUAUAUAACCUGGAGGAUCACGAGUGGUGCGAGAACAUCGAGUCUGUUUUAUAGUGGGUUGAAGCGCUGUAUUUCUGCUGAAGGAUUGUGCUUCCUCCAGGACGUAUGGGACUGUUGCUGUACUCGCAAUUCACGCAUACUGUUCUACUGGGUUCAUCUUGUUUUAAGAAGUACUUUCAAUGAAGGUAUGUGUUCAGUGCCAGUACAAUGUUGUACGUUUUAAGCGUCUAAUUUACUGUUAGAGUCGUUGACUUGUUUGCUAAACUUCACCCAGCUGCGCUGUUGUCAUACUAAAAUGCCAACACAAAAUUACUUAAAACAUUUUUUAUUUUAUGUUAAAAGGUAAAAAAAAGCCUAAGUCCAUUAUUAUAAUGGGGAAGAUGUCGAUACUGUACGUCACACCAUGACCGAGCAGAUCAUUGAAACUAAAAUAUAGUGUAUACUGCAAUUCUAUACUAUAUAUGAAAACAAUAUCAGUUAUGUGUCAAAACAUUCACUUGAAUCACUUUCUGAAGUGUUUGAGAAAUGUGCUUUUCUUUUUAAGCGCUUUUUCAGCAUUUUUUCUUCUCUUCUUAAACAAUUGUUUAUUGUCAUUAUCUUUUUAUAUUUGUGCAAUAGUGGGAGAAUCUUUGUGGAAAAAGCCAGAGAUGUUUUUCUCUGUUGUAAGAUAUAUUUGUCAUUAGAUUUUUAGGGGGGAUGUUGAAGACAAACAGAUGUUUUAGUUUACAAAGGGUUUAUGCAUAGUUCUAUUAAUGUUAUGAAUAUAAGAAUGCCUAAAUAUCCAGAUGACAAUAUUGAAGUGUAAUGGAGUAGACUAGAAAUAUUGUGACGUGACUGAAAGAGAAGGAAGAAUUCUUUUGUUUUAUUAAGUGGCAGAAGAACAUUGCCAUUCUCAUCAGUAAUGAUGUAAUGUUCUCAUCGUCGGGUCCUCACUUUAGAGCAAAUAACAUGGUGUUAUGAGGAUCAGGAUGGCCCUACACAGACAAAAAAGUUUGAGAAUUGAAUUUUAUACGGUUGCAAUGUUAAAUGUAAAAUGUGUUGAGUAACUCUAUGGAUUGAGAUUUAAAGACUUUAUUUCACUUACUGCAAUUAUAUACGACACUGUGGGUUCUUUAGAAGAUUAGAAAUAGUGGUGUAAAUCACAUUGGGAUCACAACUGUUUAUAAAGAGUUCAUAAUUUCAAUUUUAUAUAAAAUUUUCUCUAAAAUGUAAUAGCACAUCAGAAUUGUUUUACAGGCAAAUAUGUCACUGUGGUUAAAGCAGUGUGCUUUUCAUAUCAUUUUUAAUGGCAAAAUAACUUUUAUUUUAUUUUGCAAAUAAAUUAUUUUUCAGAUUA